AUGCCUGCCGCAAAGACUCAGACCCAUUUCAAGCCCAUCCAAAAAUUCAAGCUUGACUAUGCUCCCAUCGGUAUUGCUCAGUAUGAAUCUGAACGUACCGGCAUGCGUGUCGUCAUCGUUGACCAAAAGGGUCCCAAGGUUUAUGGUUAUUUUACCCUAGCCACCGAAAUCCAUGAUGAUUCUGGUUCGCCGCAUACUCUUGAGCAUUUGUGUUUCAUGGGCUCCAAGAGCUAUCGAUACAAGGGUGUCCUCGACAAGCUCGCCACUCGUGCUUACUCCAACACUAAUGCUUGGACCGCUACUGAUCACACCGCUUAUACCUUGGAGACUGCUGGUUGGGAAGGAUUCGCACAGAUCCUGCCCGUCUAUCUCGAGCACGUGCUUGUGCCCACUCUGACCGACGCUGGAUGUUACACCGAAGUUUUUCACGUUGAUGGCACUGGCCAUGACGCUGGUGUCGUCUAUUCUGAGAUGCAGGGCGUUCAGAACCAACAGGGCGAGCUUAUGGAGUUGCAAGCAAGGCGUCUGAUGUAA